GUGGUCUCUCGCUCGCUCCCACCACGUUUGGUUCUUGGUCUCUGCAGCAGCUGUGCCUUGUAGCAGACCUGUUGCACGCUCUCUCUAACCGUCGCAUCCGUUCCAUUGCGCUUCCAGUUAUUUAUUUUGUUUUGUUUUUGUUAUUGUCCCAACUGGCGAGAGUGGUGGCAACCCUGCUGGCGAUUAACUCUAAACUUGGCCCACGCAAAUACUGGUGGCAUCAGGAACGUUCUGCGGAGACUGCAGCACAGACCAAGCCAACACUUGAAAAUACUCAACGCACAGUGGUCUGAAAGCCAUUUGCACAACAGAAACAUACACACAAUGGGAUCCAUCAACUGCAAGGAAUACAAAACCACGGGCAGCACACCCAAAAAGAGAAAACCCCAGGCGGUGCCGUCGGUUCCUACCAGUCCAAGUGUAGCACUCAGAGUCCUAGCACAACGAUGUCAUCGCAGCCAUCCACCGCGGAUGCCGUGGAGUACACGGAUCCCGUCGCCGUAGAGUGCAAUGUGGCCGAUCUUAAGGAGAACGAGAUGCGGCAGGUGGACUUUGAUGAGGAUACCCGCGUCCUUCUGGUGAAGCAGAACGGUAGCCUCAAGGCGGUCGGUGCCAAGUGCAGUCACUAUGGAGCUCCACUGAGCACGGGCGCCCUGGGAAUGGGUCGUGUCCGGUGCCCAUGGCACGGCGCCUGCUUCAAUCUGGACACUGGCGAUAUUGAGGACUUCCCGGGACUGGACUCCAUACCCUGCUAUCGUGUCGAGGUCGGCAAUGAGGGUCAAGUGCUGCUGCGAGCCAAGCGAUCGGAUUUGACGCAGAACAAGCGUCUGAAGAACAUGGUUAACCGCAAGCCCGAGGAUAAGCGCGUCUUUAUUGUGGUCGGCGGUGGUCCAUCCGGCGCUGUGGCUGCGGAAACCAUCCGGCAGGAGGGCUUCACCGGCCGCCUGAUCCUUGUGUGCCGCGAGGAGUAUUUGCCCUACGAUCGUGUCAAGAUUUCCAAGGCCAUGAAUCUGGAAAUCGAGCAGCUGCGCUUCCGCGACGAGGACUUUUACAAGGAGCACGACAUCGAGCUGUGGCAGGGCGUGGCUGCCGACCAGCUGGACACGGCCCAAAAGGAGUUGCACUGCAGCAAUGGCUAUGUGGUGAAAUAUGAUAAGAUCUAUCUGGCCACCGGCUGCUCUGCCUUCCGUCCGCCCAUUCCUGGCGUCAACUUAACGAAUGUACGCACCGUCCGAGAGCUGGCCGACACCAAGGCUAUCCGGGAUCUUAUCACACCCGAGUUGCGUGUGGUUUGCCUGGGCUCGAGCUUCAUUGCCCUCGAAGCAGCCGCCACCCUGGUCUCUAAAGUUGCCAGUGUCACCGUCGUGGGCCGCGAGAAUGUGCCGCUGAAGGCCGUCUUUGGAGCGGAGAUUGGUCAGCGGGUACUGCAGCUGUUCGAGGACAACAAGGUGGAGAUGCGCAUGGAGAGCGGUAUCACCGAGAUCGUUGGCGAUGAGGAGGGCAAGGUGACUGAGGUAGUGCUGGUUGACGAGACUCGGUUGCCCUGCGACCUGCUCAUUCUGGGCACUGGAUCCAAGCUCAACACCCAGUUCCUGGCCAAAUCGGGCGUGAAGGUCAAUCGCAAUGGCUCCGUGGACGUCACCGACUUCCUCGAGUCCAAUGUUCCCGAUGUUUAUGUGGGCGGCGACAUUGCCAAUGCCCAUAUCCAUGGCCUGGCCCACGAUCGUGUGAAUAUCGGUCAUUACCAGCUGGCCCAAUACCAUGGACGAGUGGCGGCCAUCAAUAUGUGCGGCGGCGUAAAGAAGCUGAAGGCAGUGCCCUUUUUCUUUACCCUGAUCUUCGGCAAGGGCAUCCGGUAUUGCGGCCACGGCUCCUACAAGGAGGUCAUCAUCGACGGCAGCCUGGAGGACUUCAAGUUCGUGGCCUACUUUGUGAACGAAGCGGACACGGUAACGGCGGUGGCCUCUUGCGGCCGUGAUCCAAUCGUGGCGCAGUUUGCAGAGCUCACCUCGCAGGGCAAGUGCCUGGGACGGGGCCAAAUUGCCGAUCCGGCCACUCGCCAGGACUGGACGAAGAAGAUCACAGAGCCAGUGGCCCAAUAUUGUUAAGGAGAUCGUGGUUUUGAUGAUGUGAUGAGAUUGGUUAUUAUAUUUUCAUGCAAUCGUUGAGUAUUCAGUAUAUACAUAAUAUGUAUAUUUAUAUUGUAA